AUGCCAGCAAUUACCGCAACGGGGAUGCCAACGCCGAUGCCGACCGUUGUCGCCGUGUCCAAGCCGCCCUGGCUUGUACCUUCAGACGACGACGGCGGCGGUGACGUCGAGGUGGAUGCGCUUGCUGCGGAUGGGUUGGUACCGGUGAUCAAUGUUGACGCGGCCGACGGAGUCGUGGACGAGUCUGAAGUGGUUGGCGUUGAGAUGUUGAACAAGACGCUCUCAUCAUCGGAAGCCGUUUCAUAUGGAAACGAAGUUAUAUUCCAGUGCACGCCCCCUGUUGCAAAGCAGGCUAGCGAUCUGGUCAUCUCCCACUGCCCACCAUGGGCCGGGGAAAACAGCGACUAA